CCAACAUGACUGUUCUUACAACCGAAGAAUUCCAACUCACCAAGGACGCCGUCACGUUAGGACAUGCCCUAACUCCGCUGCUCGAGCAGGCCGCCUCGAGCCAUUUCGACAAGACCGCACUCAUCUGUGGGGAUCAAACACUGACAUAUGGAGAGCUCAACGCACGCGCCAAUCGUCUUGCGCGCGUCCUAGCAGAGCGAGGCAUCAAGCGCGGCGAUCUCGUUGGCGUGGCUCUAGACCGCUCGGUCGACCUCGUGGCCGUGCUGGUCGCGGUGCUGAAGUCCGGAGCCGCCUACGUGCCCAUUGACCCGGCCCUUCCGGCAAAGCGCAUGAGCCUGAUGAUAGAAGAUGCCGUUCCCAAGCUCGUCGUUGCCAAUGAGCGCGCGCUAGCGGCCCUGACCCCGUGGAGCGGGAUAUGCGUGCGCAUGGACGCCGUGCGACGGACGAUGGAUCUGGCCAUCGACUCCGCCAACCUCGACAUCGACGUCUGGCCGAGCGACCUCGCGUAUGUCAUCUAUACCUCCGGGUCCACCGGGGCCCCGAAGGGCGUGGAAGUCAGCCACCGUUCGGUUACCAACUUCCUGAUCGGCAUGCAGCGGCGGAUCGGCUGCAGCAAGGCGGACCGGCUGUUGGCCGUCAGCUCCAUUUCCUUCGACAUGGCCGUCUACGAGCUAUUCACCCCUCUCAUCGCCGGGGCCACGGUCAUUGUUACCCCGUCGGCCCACAUCCAAGAUGCUCGGGCGCUGCUGGGGCUGAUGCAGUCGCACGCCGUCACGAUGCUGCUCGCAACCCCGACGAGCUGGCAGAUGCUGCUGCAUGCGGGCUGGAGUGGCCAGCCCCGGCUCCGGGCCAGCAUCGCUGGCGGCGAGCCUCUGCCUGGCCACGUGGCGGAGAAAUUGGUCGACUACAGCGACGCUGUGUGGAACGCAUACGGCCCAACCGAGGCCACGGGAUGCGCGAGCGCCUGGCGAGUGCAGAAGGGCGAGGGCAUGCUCAUCGGCGAGCCCCUCGGCAAUGUCCAGGUCUACGUGCUCGCGGACGACCUGACCCCUGUUCCGCUCGGCCGCCACGGGGAGCUUUAUAUCGGCGGCGCCGGCGUGGCCUGCGGCUACCGCAACAAUCCGGAACGCACCAAGUCCCACUUCAUCCGGAACCCGUUCGGCAAGGGACGCCUGUACCGCACGGGGGACCUGGCUUGUUUCGUGGCUCCGCAGAAGCUGAAGCUGCUGGGCCGCGCGGACAGCCAGGUCAAGAUCCGGGGCUAUCGGAUCGAACUGGGCGAUAUCGAGGCAGCCAUCGCCCACCAUGGGGAUAUCGCCGAAGCGGCGGUGAUCCACCGAGACGGACAGCUGGCCGCGUAUUGCGUGCGCCGAGAGACUGGGGGCAAGGCCUCGCUGGACAGCAUCCUGCGUCCAUGGCUGGCGGACCGCCUGCCGGGCUACAUGGUGCCGGCCUUCUUUGUCGAGCUCAGGGGACUUCCGAUGACGCUGAAUGGGAAGCUGGACGACAAGGCCCUACCGAGUCCGAUGGAGGGUAUUAUCGAGGUCACGGAAGGGGCAGCCACAGAGCUCGAACGCGGCAUCCUGGCCAUCUGGUCGAAGAUCCUGGGCCAUGCACGCAUCGGGAUGGACGACAACUUCUUCCAGGUGGGCGGUGACUCGGCACGUCUUAUGUGGGUACUGGUGGAGUUGGAGAAGUUGCUGGGCCACCGCGUGUCGCCUGCAAAGCUCUUUGAGCAUUAUACUGUCAAGAGCCUGGCCACGUACCUGGCGGGCACGGAGCCGUCCAGUCGGAAUGACUUCAAGAACAGCAGCAACAACAGCAGGAGGCACAGGAACGAUGAGGACAUUGCCGUCGUCUCCAUGGCAUGCCGACUUCCGGGUGACAUCAACACAGCCGCCGACUUCUGGGAAUUUCUCCAGCGAGGCGGAGACGCCAUCACGUCCGUCCCCAGGGACCGCUGGGACGCCGAUGCCAUCUACGACGCCGACCCGGACACCCCAGGCAAGUCGUACUGUCGCUCCGGUGGGUUUGUCCCAUCCUUUGCCUCCUUUGACGCCUCUUUCUUCGGUAUCCCGCCGCUCGAGGCACGAGGGCUUGACCCGACGCACUCCAUGAUGCUGGAGACGUGCUGGGAAGGCCUCGAACGCGCCGGCUAUACCACUCAGCAGCUGCGCGGCAGCCAGACGGGGGUGUUCAUCGGCCUGAGUGACAGCAUGGUCCACGGCAGCAGUUACAACGACGUGCACGGCUUGGCCGACCUGACAGGAUACACGGGGACUGGGACCACGGCUGGAACCGUGUCCGGACGCCUGUCGUACGUCCUCGGCCUCGAGGGCCCAACCCUGACGGUGGACACGGCAUGCUCCUCCUCGCUGGUGACGACCCACCUUGCCUGCACGGCGCUCCGCCAGGGGGAAUGCGAUAUGGCCGUAUCCGGCGCCGUCUCGCACAUGCCCACGCCGGGCCUGCACGUCGAGUUCAGCCGAUUGCGCGGCAUGUCCCCCGACGGCCGCUGCCGCGCCUUCGCGGCGGAUGCGCAGGGCACGGGGCUUGCAGAAGGCGCCGCGCUCGUCGUGCUGAAGCGGCUGUCCGAUGCCCGGCGCGAUAGCGACACCAUCUACGGGGUAAUUCGCGGCUCGGCCGUCAAUCACGGCGGACGCAGUGCUGGUCUCACGGUGCCACACGGCCCGGCGCAGCAGCGUCUGAUCCGCACGGCGCUGGAGGCGUCGGGCCUGCAGCCGGACGACAUCGACUACGUCGAAGCGCACGGCACCGGCACCAAGCUGGGGGACCCCGUUGAGGGCGUGGCGCUCGCCGAGGUCUUCGGGGGCAGGACGCAUCAUCCCCUGUGGAUCGGGUCGGCGAAAUCGAACGUCGGCCACACCCAGGCGCCCGCCGGCCUCGUCGGGCUCAUCAAGGUGCUCUUGGCCCUGCAGCAUCGCACGCUGCCGCCCACGCUGCACGCCGGCGAGCCCACGGCGGCGGUGGACUGGCAGGGCGCCAACAUGGCGCUGGUGCAGAGCAGUCGGCCCUGGAUGCCGGUGGACGACCGACUGCGGCGAGCUGGCGUCAGCGCAUUCGGCAUCGGCGGCACGAAUGCGCAUCUCGUCGUCGAGGAAGCACCACGGGGGGCAAUGGCUGAUAGCAGACCGUCGGUGCCGUUGUCCCAGGCAUGGCCCUUUGUGCUCUCGGGUCACACCGACGAGGCCCUCCGCCAGCAGGCCGACAAGCUGCGCCAACACCUCAGCCGAGACAAGACGACGACGGAUUGUCUUGGGGACGUUGCCUACUCGUUGGCAACGUCGCGCAACCAUUUCUCGCGGCGGACGGUGGUCCUGGCCCAGGACCUGGCCGAGUUGCUGGACCGUCUCGCUGCCCCCGGGGGCGCCGUAACCACCCCCAGCGGCCCCAGUCAAGAGCCUCGCCUCGCCAUGCUUUUCACUGGACAGGGCAGCCAGCUGCCGGGCAUGGGGAAGGGUCUCGCUCAACACUUCCGGGUCUUCCGUGAAGCACUCGACGAGAUCGCGAGCCACUUCGAGGCGCUCGAGCGACCCCUGUUGGACGUCAUGUGGGCCGACGGCGACAGCGAUGACGCCGCUUUCCUGCAGCGCACCGAAUACGCCCAGCCCGCCCUCUUCACCCUGGAAGUGGCCCUCUGGCGGCUGUGGCAGAGCUGGGGCGUGCAGCCGGCGCUCGUCGUCGGCCACAGCAUCGGGGAGCUGGCGGCCGCCCACGUCGCAGGGGUGAUGGACUUGUCCGAUGCCUGCCGGCUCGUGGCCGCACGCAGUGGCUUGAUGCAGGCGCUUCCUGACCGGGGGGGUAUGCUGUCGCUCCAGGCGAGCGUCCGGGAGGUGGAGGAGGCCAUUGAGACCCUGGACGCCGGCCACACGGUGGCGAUUGCCGGCCACAACACCCCGUUGCAGACGGUGAUAUCCGGGGACAAGGACGCGCUGACCAGCCUCGCAGCCUACUUUGCUGCACGGGGCUGCCGGUCCACGAUGCUCGGGGUUGCGCGGGCCUUCCAUUCCCACCACAUGGACGACAUGUUGUCGGACUUCCAGGCCGUGGCAGAGACGGUGAGCUUCCGGCCCCCGACACUGGGCAUUGUCAGUACACUCACUGGCAAGCCAGCCGAGCCGGGGCAGCUUGAGCAACCGUCGUAUUGGGUCCGACAGGUGCGCAGUGCGGUCCACUACAGCGAUGCCAUCCAGACCCUCGCUGACAGCGGCGUCAAUGUCUUUCUCGAGCUGGGGCCUCGACCGGUGCUAUGCGGGAUGGGCGCUGCUUGUCUCACUGACCGCGAUGAACCCAUGGCAUGGCUGCCGUCGCUCCAGCCCAACAAGGACGACAUCGCAGUGGUCCAGGAGAGCCUCGCUGAGUUGCAUGUUCGGCACGUCCCCAUCUCGUGGCCAGCCUACUUUGAACCCUUCGAUUGCCGACGCGUCGAACUCCCAACAUACGCCUUCCUACGCCAGCGACUCCGUCCGGCCACCCCGGGCGAGGGAGGUAGUACCGUGAGAACCGUCCAGAGCAAGGCGUUUCAGAUAGAUUGGCGUCCGGUGAAUACGGGCAAUCUUCACCCCGGCGGCAUUUGGGGUCUCCUUCGCCCUGCCGGGGAAGUGUCCUGGGCUGGGGACGUGAGGACCGCCCUGUCGCAGGCCGGCAUGCAAGUGCGCGCCGUGAAAGAUCUCCGGGAGGCGGAGCGACUCGAUGGCCUCUUAUGUCUGUGGGACUCGGACGCGGACAUUCUGUCUCAAUCGCGCGAUUUCGCCAUCAAGGCGCUGGCGCAGCUGCAAACCGCCGCGCAGACCGGAUUUGCGCCGCCCUUGGUCUGGCUCACAGCCCAGGCCGUGGGCACCGGCGUCCACGAUCAGCCUGCUGCACUCGGGGCCGGACCUCUGUGGGGGCUGAUGCGUACAGUCCGGAGCGAGCAUCCGGACCUGCGUUUGCGCCUGGUCGAUCUCGAUCGGAGGGCGGAGAGCGUCGACGUCGACGCCAACUCCCUGGCGCUGUUGCUCAUGCUGAACCGCGAGCCCGAAUGCGCCGUGCGCCAGGGGAGGGUGUUCGUUCCGCGCAUGCAGCACGUUGCCCCGGCGCUGCAGCCAGUCUGCCCGCCUCUCCUGCGGCCAGAUGGCGCCGUGCUCAUCACCGGCGGCCUGGCUGGUCUCGGGGCGCGCGCGGCCUGCUGGCUGGCACGCACCCACGGCGUCCGCGACCUGGUGCUGACCUCGCGCCGUGGCAUGGAAGCCCCGGGCGCCACGGCGUUGGUUGACCGGCUGAACGGGCUGGGUGCCACAGCCACCGUCGUCGCCGGCGACAUCGCUAACCCGGACUUCGUCCAGUCGGUCAUGGGCAUGUUCCACGCAGACCGGCCGCUGCGUGGAGUGUUCCACGCGGCCGGAGUCGCGGAUGCUGGCGUCCUGUCGACGUUGACGCCGGACCGGUGUGGUACGACGUUUGCGCCCAAGGUAGAUGGCGCCUGGCAUCUCCAUCAAUCCACCCGGCAGAUGGAUCUGGACAUCUUUGCGGUGAUCUCCUCCAUCUCCGGCGUGGUGGGCAUGCCGGGCCUGGCGAUUUAUGCGGCGUCCAACUCCUUUCUGGACGCCCUCGUGCACGCACGCCAGGCGCAGGGGCUGCCGGCCAUCUCGGUGGCAUACGGCACCCUGUCAGGCGGCGGAAUGGCGGAUGGGACCCUCAAAGCAACGCGGACUCAUCUCAGUCAAUUCGGCCUCGAUCCGCUGUCCCCGGAGGAAUCGCUGCAGCUGCUGGAGCUGGCCGUCCGCAGCCACCGCGCCCUCACCGUGGCCGCCGCCCUCGAUCUGGGACGGCUCCAGCAUUACCUACAGGAGCGCGGCGACAUCCCUCCACUCCUGCAUUCCCUGCUGCGUCGCGAUGGCAGAGGGAAGCGCCGGGGGAGUCCCGAUCUGCGCCAGGCCUUGCGUCAAGCCCCCCGCGAGCAGCACGCCGACAUCAUGCUGCGGACAGUCCGAGAAACGGUGGCAAAGGCCCUGGGCAUCUCGCAGCCGGGGGAGGUCGACGUCUCGCGCCCUCUGGCCGAGGUGGGCAUCGACUCGCUGACGGCGAUCUUGAUUCGAAACCAGCUGGGGAAGCUGGUGGGCCUCACCCUCUCGGCCAAUAUCGCCUUCAUCAACCCCAAUCUGGCGGCCCUGAGCCGGUUCUUAUUGUCCCAGCUGCCAGACAGCCAUGUGGAUAAGCCCUCGCCCGAGGCAUCCGCGGACUCUCCCGGCCUCAAUCUCACGGCCAUCCGUCAGGGCUGUCUCGACGCCAGCUUCACAUUCGACAACGCGGCUCAGAGCCCACCACCUCACCCGCAGUCAGUCGUGGUCACCGGGGCCACGGGCUUUAUCGGGGCCUUUAUCGUGCAUGGCCUACUCGAACGAGGCAUCGUGACCCACUGCGUCGUGAGGGCCAAGUGCCGCGAACACGCCCGGCACCGCAUCGUGGGCAUGCUUCAACACUACGACCUGUGGAAGGCCGACUACGCGUCCCAGCUCCGUCCGCUGGUUGGGGAUGUGAGCCAGUUCCAGCUGGGGCUGGGAGAGCAGGCAUUUCACGACCUGGCCGGCCGCGUCGAUGCCAUCUUCCAUGCCAGCGGUCUCGUCGACUGGAUGCUUCCCCUGGCCGACUAUCUAGGCCCCAAUAUCAUCAGCACGCACGAGGUGCUCCGUCUCGCCGCCACGGGCCGGGGUAAAGCCAUCCAUCUCAUCUCCACGGUCGCCACCCUGCCCCUCCAUUCCGGCUACGAUAUCCCCCCUGACGAGCUCGAGUACUGCUACGCCACCUCGAAGUUCACGGCGGAGCGGAUGGUGGCCGCGGCGCGUUGGCGCGGCGCCCACGCCUCCGUGUACCGCUUGCCAUUCAUCACGGCCGCCGCCUCCACCGGCCACUUCCGACUCGACCGGGGUGAUUUCCUGCACAAUCUCAUCGUCGGGAGUCUGGAAAUGGGCAGUUUCCCCUCGUUAGACGCGGACCUCUCGAUCAUUCUCCCAGUCGACUAUCUAGCCCAGGUCGUCGUGACGGUAGCAACCCAAGAGCGAGGCCGAAUCGGGCACGAUUUCGACUUCACGAACCCUCACGCCCCGAGCUUCCACUGCUUUUUCCAGCUCCUGGCCACCACUACUACCGUCGGAUCCGGCCAGCCGAUUCUCCCGUUUUCCACCUGGCGACAGAAGGCCCUGGACCAUGCGACCACGCAGCCCAAGGGCUCGCUGGCCCGCAUCGCGGCCGUGAUCGACGGCUGUACCGAAAAAAGCGCCGCAGGCAUGUUCAAGGGCAUCCGGGUUGGAGCGCACGUCUUCGGUACCAAGGAUCAUCAUCCGGCUCCCGCGGUCGACGAGCAAUAUGCCCGGAAGUACGUGGGUCGGAUUCAUGCGGCGUGGCUGAAAGCCUUUUCCUCCUCCUCCUCCUCCUCCUCCUCCUCCUCCUCCUCCUCCUCCUCCUCCGCCGCCACUGGUGAUCACAGGGGCCCUCCCUCCCUCGCCAUGGGUCCUACAAUCGGCCCAACUGUAGGGCUAGGAGUAAGGGGCAGCCAGGUGGUCGAGGCCUGACACUUGUGACUUGGUUUCCUUGCAUAGAUGUAUUACUAGAGCUCGGGGAUCCUGUAGUCUGUCUAUAAACUGUUUGUUGUGUACUGGGAAAUAUGUAGGAAUUCAGCGAGAUUCCGGAUGCCUACCGGAGCGUUCCGCUGACCUAUCCCAAG